AGUGCGUUGACAACAUCGGCUGCACCUCCCUACUUCAAGCCGUAUGUUCAACCUGCUACUGGGAAAUCUUUCGUAGAUGGAGGUUUGCAUUACAAUUGUCCCGCUUGGGUUGCUCAUCAUGAGCGUCAGAUUCUAUGGAAGAAUGUCCAAUAUCAACAGCCCGAUGUACUGCUAUCUCUUGGAACUGGUCUGGGUACCAGUAAGGAUGCUGUAACUACCCAGGUCCCCCAGCCAACAAAAAAGGGGUUUCGCAACUUGGUCAACAUCAUCCUCGGUAUGGUUCAGGGCCAACUGAACAGUGAGAAGGCCUGGGACGAUUACUACGCGCAUGUCGCCAUGACCGACAAUCCCGAAGACCGGGCACGCUAUAUCAGUCUCAAUGUUAUGUUUGAUAUAAGACCGGGUCUAGACAAGGUUGACCAACUGGAUCUGUUGGAGACAACAACUCGUCUAAGUGCCAGAGGGAGCCUCGAACUGAAAGACGCGGCCGAUAGGCUGAUUGCAAGCUCAUUUUGCCUCGAGAGGGAAGGCCCUGUGAUCAAGGGCCGUGUUUGCAAAGGUAUGUGUUGGUUGUCCCAUUGUUUCCCAUAUCACCACACCUUGAGAGACACACCCAUCCUGCAGCUCGAUUUAUGCCGGCGUUUUAGACGAGUGCCAUAG